AUGGAGAACCGCAAGGAGGAGCAGCAGGGCGCGGCGGUCGGGUGGAUGACCGUGCCGGCGUUCGGGGAGUGGGACGUCAAGAACGGCGCCGUGCCGGACUACUCCAUGGACUUCUCCAAGAUCCGCCAGAUGCGCAAGCAGAACAAGCGCGAGCUCUCCAGGGCCAGCCUCGGCGGCGACGAGGACCUCCUCCAGCAGCAGCAGCAGAGUAGCAAGGCGCAGCCGCCCAAGUCCUCCGCCGCCGUCGCCGACGACGACCACCGCCGGCCGCUGCACGACGACUCCCCUACGGUAACAAUUCAGGAUUAA